CCAUAGACAGAACCAAAAGUAAAAUGCCUAGUCACUGUCUUUUCUUUGGGUCAGAGCUGCUUUGUGGCCAGCCAAGUGACAUACAACUAUUACUAACUGUAUCCUAUCUUUAGUGAUUUUUGAUUUAGUACUUGUAAUCAUGGCUGAUGACAAUAUACCCAAUAGCAGUGAUAUUCCUAGAGGUCUCAUAAACAGAACUGGAACUCCAAUUGGACGAGGAUCCAGGUUACCAUCUGUCAGGGGCCACCGUGACCUAACUCUGGGUGGUGUUCAAAGAAAAGUUUUUGCUCCAAAUUUAGCUGCUGUAAAAAAAUCAAUUAGCAAGGAAGAUGGUCCAAAGCCUAAUAUUGGCUCUCUACUAACACCUCAAGAAAAACAAGAGAGCGGUAGAGGGAAAGGUCGUGGCCGUGGAGACAGAGGGAGAGGUCGUGGAAGAGGCAGAGGUCAGGGAGAGGACAGGACCAUACAGUUGCAGUCAGAGUUUUCAUAUGGCCCCAUGGGAGGAUCUUCUUCUUCUUCUGGUUGGAGUCGAGGCAGGGAUGGAGGGGGAGGAGGAGGUGGAGGUGGUGGAUCAGGAGGUGGCGGCAGAGCUGAGGCUGACUCCACAGCUAUUAAAACAGCCAUUAGACGCACUAAAGGAUCAGAAGAAGACAAAAAAUUGUUUGAUACUUUAAUGAAAGAUGAUUUUAUCUCUGAUCUAGCCAUAGGGGAUCCAAAUAUGGCUCCCAUACGACUACCAUUAAAUAUGAACAGUGGAUGGGGUAAAGAUGCAAUCAAAUCUGAAGUCAAAGAAGAGCAUAUGGAUACUGAUGAAACAGAUACAGUUGAAGAUGUUAAACCAAAUAUUCAUGGCAUUAGGUUCUCCAAUAAUCAGUCCAUGAGUGCACCUUCAAGUGUGAUGGACAUACUGAAAGUUUCUGUCAAAGCAGAGAAGGGUGAGCUCUUGUUUAUACAGUUUCCAGAUACCCUGCCAGGUUUACCAGAUACUAUCCUAGAGGCUGACAGGGCCAAAACCUCCACAAGCACAACCAGCAUGGAAGAUGAGUUAGCUAAAAGGUUGAACUCUUGUCAGCUGAAAGAUUGUACAGAGGGCUAUAUGGGUAAACUUCGAAUUAGGAAGUCUGGGAAAGCUGAGCUCAUUCUGGGAGAAAAUGUCAUGGAGGUGUUGCCUGGUAUUCCAAUUAAUUUUCAUCAGGAACUUGUCUCAAUUAGGACAGACCAAAACCCAGGUCAGAUGGUGGUGCUGGGUCCAGUCAGACAUAAACUAGUAGUGACACCUGACUACAAUGAUUUACUUUCACAUGUGAAUAGAUUUUUAUGAUGAUGUUUUGCUGUAUAUAAGUGUUACGUUUUUAAUGUAAAAACUUUAAUUAUUGUAAUACACCAAGGUGUUGUAUGGUUGGUAAAUUAAAACUAUUU